AUUGUCAGACCAACUGACCAGUUGAUAAUGAAAAUGAAUGGCCUGGAGACCCUGGGUAGUUUUCCACUUUGGCUGGUUAGUAGUCCAGCCAACUUUUCCCCCCAGUUGUUAAUUAAUUAUUUCCAUUUUCACUCAGCAGCUACCUUUAGUAGUAUUUAGAAAAUAGCCAACUAGUAUAUCUACAAUACACGCGGUAAUUGACUUCUACUUAGGAUAUUAUUAUUUUUCCGAGGAAUCGCUUGAGGACCUAUACAUCAGUUAUUACGGUAAGACGUCGCGUUACCAUGGAAUUUACGGAAAUACAUACGUUACCACUAAAAGCCAACGGCGGAUGCGCUCAGUAGGUAGCAUUGUUUGCCGAUAAAAGUAGGAAUAUAAUACAAUUUCCUGGUUCAUCCUGUCUCAGUGUGACUUAUUUCGAUUCCUCACGCGUUCGUUGGUAACGAUGCAGCAGAAGAAGCGACUUUCCACUGCAAAGAUGUCAACAUGCAGCAUGUGAAAAGGUCAAACAUAUUUCUUCUGCUAUCCUGGGCUGUCCGCAGUCAUCACAGAGAUACUUUCUCCCUAAGGACAACAAACAGCAUGUUUCUUAAAAGAGGAACUGUCUUGAGUGAAUAAUACACAAAGCAAAGGGGCAUUUAUGGAAAACGCCACCAAUUUCUGACUAUGUUAAAGGACAAGUUUUGACUGUCUGCUUCUAGACCUCUGCAGUAUUUUUGUAUUUUAGUAUGUAGGAGUGACUGCCGACCAAAUAAACUGGUCACCAUCAAGUACCUGCAUUUUGGAUUUAUAGAGAAAAACAGCCAGGAGAGAGGAAGAAAAUAGACUGUGAAGCUUGGUGGUUUACAGGAUCAGGCUCCUGAAGAUGCUUCAGACUGGCAACUACUCACUGGUGCUGCUGAUCCAGCUGACACUGUUGGCCUAUGACCUCUUUGUCAACUCCUUCAGUGAACUUCUGAGGGGAGCGCCUGUCAUCCAGCUAGUGCUUUUCAUAAUCCAGGACAUCGCCAUCCUGUUCAACGUGAUCAUCAUCCUGUUGAUGAUGUUCAACACCUAUGUGUUCCAGGUCGGCCUGGUGUCUCUUCUCCUGGAGAGAUUCAGGGCUCUGCUUAUGUUCUCAGCCCUUUACCUGACCCUCAGCAUCUGCCUCCACUGCUGGGUGUUGAACCUUAGAUGGCUUGAAUCAAACCGUUUUGUUUGGACAGAUGGUCUUGAAGCUCUUUUUGUUUUCCAGAGAACAGCGGCGGUGUUGUAUUACUACUUAUACAAACGUACAGCCGAGUACAUGGGAGACCCGCGGCUGUACGAGGACUCUCUGUGGCUGCGUGACGCCUUCGCCAGGUCUCGUCAGUGAAGAAGGGACAUUUAUGAGAGAGGAUUAAAAAGAUCUGCCAAGAAAGCCCCCACCCUCUACUGACAUUGUAACACUGAGCAUCAUCAUUAGCUAUUCUGAAUUUUGGAUGAUUUUUUAAAAUUAUUUUUUCAGAUUUGACACAUUAUUAAGCACAUAGAACAAAACACACUGUACACUGAUGGAACUCACUAACAGGUAAAGAGGAUGAAGCAAAGUCUUGACCACAUUUUGUGUUUGCUGGCUCUUUGUAGCCAGAGCGGGCAGCCGGUUAAAUGGUUUACAGUGGCAGGUAAGCCAACCAUGGCAUGUGUAGUAUUGUAUUAAUCAGGAUUGAGUCUGUUAAUCUAUGUGGCCUUGUAAAUCAAUUUGAGUUGCAGACAGAGUGCAACACAUUGAAAGAAUGUUUAGGAAAGCUCUGUUGAGGUAUUGCCUCCCACGGCAUGUUUAUGUGUUUUAAUGUAGAAUAAUUUGUAGAACUACAUGUAGUAAUAGUUUUGCUGGUAAAAGUUUUGAUAUUCCCCUGCAAAAGAAUAAACCAGAUGGUUUAUUUUGCCUUAUGUAAGAUUAGUAUGUGCUGUUUACAUGAUUAAUAUUUUAAUAAGCCAAUUUUCAUGUGAAUCCUGCUGUCUUUGAGUGGGGAUCUUUGAAUUGUGUUCCCACUGUUUUUAUUAAAUAAUCCUUCUCUAA